GACGCCAUCAAUCGGCGGUAGUAAGUUUAAAAGACAAAUUAUUUUUUAUGUAUUAAUAUGUGCAAAUAAUUGUAUUCAUUGUAGCUAGUCCGCAAUUUGGUCCGAUAGUUUCAGACACAGACAAUCAUGGUUUUGUUAUUAAUGUUACAAUGCUCGUUUGUGGUCAUCGUUCGAAGUUUACCGUCGCCGUCAUACUAUCCGCCGCUAUUCGAAUCGGCACUAAAGUAUUUGGGAGAAACUCUAGAAUGGGAAUCAAAUGAAACCAUUGAUCAGAAAAACGUGCUUCCAGAAUACGAUUUUGUCAUUGUCGGUGCCGGAAGUGCCGGAUCAGUAGUGGCGAGCAGACUGUCCGAAGUCAAAAAAUGGCAGGUACUGUUAAUUGAAGCUGGACAACAUGCCACACAUAUCAUGGAUGUGCCAUUGGCUGCUCCGUUUUUACAAUAUUCUUCGAUCAAUUGGAAAUACAGGACAGUACCGAUGAACAAUUCGUGCUUAGGUUUCGAGGGUAGACGGUGUAAAUUUCCUAGGGGCAAAGUCAUGGGUGGCAGCAGUGUACUAAAUUACAUGAUAUAUACACGUGGUAACAGAAAGGAUUAUGACGAUUGGGCAGAUAUGGGUAACACAGGUUGGGACUAUGACAGUGUUUUCAAGUACUUCAUUAAAUCAGAAAGUGCUAACUUGUCAGAUGCCGAUCCGAGUUAUCACGGAAGAAACGGAUUGUUAUCGGUGACAAAUGUUCCUUACAAAACUCAAAUAGCAAAGGCAUUUGUGGAAGCUGGCUCGCAAAUCGGACUUCCAGUUAUAGAUGUCAACGGGGAAAAACAAAUCGGGAUAAAUUAUUUACAGACGACCAUGAAAAAUGGUCUCCGUUAUAGUACGAACACAGCGUUUCUAUUCCCAGCGAAAAGGAGAUCAAAUCUGCACGUAAAAAAGCUCAGUAUGGUAACGCGCAUACUGAUCGACGGAUCGACGAAGAAAGCAAUCGGCGUGGAGUUUGUCAGGGGUGGGAAAAAAACCAGAGUUUACGCUCGAAAGGAAGUGAUCGUUUCAGGUGGAGCCAUAAACACUCCGCAGCUGCUAAUGUUGUCCGGAAUAGGGCCCAAGCAACACUUGGAGGACCUUCGGAUCCCGUUGGUGAAAGACUUGGCCGUUGGUGAGAACCUGAUGGAUCACGUGUCACUGGGAGGUCUGGCAGUGACGGUGAACGACACCGUAUCAAUAAGGCUGCAUAAGGUGUUUGAUGAUCCAAAUAUUCUAAACGACUUUUUGCUGAACAACAACGGCAUUUAUACAGUGCCGGGUGGCCCCGAAGCUCUGGCCUUUGUGGAUGCGGAUAGGCCGAUUUCGGAAAAUGGUCGUACCAAUCUCGAGCUGCUGCUGGUGUCAGGACUAUACUCGUCCCACGAACUCAUGCCUAAGCUGUGUGGUAUGAGGAAUGAUCUGUACGAUGCUGUAUACCGGCCAACCGAAGGUAUGGACGGAUUCACAGUGUUCCCAAUGGUAAUGCGUCCCAAGAGUCGCGGUCGGGUGUGGCUGAGGGAUGCCAAUCCGUUUCACCACCCGCUAAUCGACCCCAAUUAUUUCGCCGACGAGACUGAUCUGGACGUUAUAGUAGCCGGAGUCCGACUGUUCCAGCGAAUGCUGCGCACGGACUCGAUGAAGUCACUCAACGCUAAGAUCCUGGACACUCCGCUACCCGGAUGCCGACAACACGUGUUCGACACGGACGCCUACUGGAAGUGUUCCGCUCGACAGAUAUCGUUCACGAUCUAUCACCUAUCCGGCACGUGCAAGAUGGGACCGGCCUCGGAUCCGACGGCUGUCGUGGACCCGAGACUGCGCGUGCACGGCGUCGGCGGUCUGAGAGUGGUGGACGCAUCGAUUAUACCAGAAAUACCGGCGGCCCAUACGAACGCGCCGACGAUUAUGAUCGCGGAAAAAGCGUCCGAUAUGAUUAAAGAGGACUGGGGUGUAUAGACGUAGUAAAUAAUGAAUCAGUUAUAAUAUUAAAAUCAGUGUUAAGAAUAUUGAUUUAAGCGAGCAACAUCAUUUGAGUUUUUUAAUUUAGUGGUGUAAAAUUUAAGUAGUCUGAUAUUUUUCAUCCUAAAACUAUUUUUCUUCAUCAUACUACAAAUACACGUAUGUAUCGCAUAUAUAUAUUAUAUAUCGUAUAACAUGUAUGGCAUUGAUUGUUGAAGGGUUAUAUAUUUAAUACUUUAAUGAACUAAAAAAUAUGGGAAGCUGGAACAUGGAAAAACUUUUGUCAUGCAUGUCAAUAAUAUGUAUAUAUAUUUUUAUUUACCAACAACAAAAUUAUGUAAGACUAAAAUUAAAAUUAUAACACCAUAAUUUUAGUUGGUUUACUCACUAUAGCCAGUUAAUAUGGCGAUGGGGUUUAAGCAAAAUAAAAAAUAAACUAGAAAUAUUAUAUAUAUAUAUAUAUAUAUAUAUAUAUUACAUUAAUAUAAAAUUUAUACUAUUCUAAUAUUAUUUUUAACUCAUUAUAAGCAUCAUAUAAUAUAAAAAUAAUAUUAUUACAUCCAUAAAUGAUAUAAUAUAUAAGUAAACAAAAGUAAAAAAAAAAAUUAGUUAUAUACUUUAUAUUAUAUAUUAUACGACCAUUAUAUCUUAACUUUUUUUAUGCAUUGGUAUGUUUAUUAAUUUUAUGGUAGGUACAUCAAUAAGAAACAGAAAAAAAAUAGUGGUAUCAAAUUAACCCUUAUAUUAUAUCCUCGCUCAUUUACAAAUCACUGAUUUAAGUAACUAUCUUAGCGCAUGUACAUUAACUGCUGAUUGCGCAAAUUGUACUUUUUAUUCUAAUAUUCUAUACCAUAUUCAUCCAUUGAAUUAGUUUAAUUUAUUAUUAUUGUUAUUAUUAUUAUUAUUGUUUUAUUAUUACUGAUUAUUAUUUAUUAGAAUAAGAUCUCAAAUUGGCGAGACUUUUGCCGGUUACUUAAGGUAAUAAUUAAUAAGAAACUCUAAUUAAGAGAGAGGACACGUAUAUUCAUCAUCUUUGUCUCAUGUGAAAACUUUCCAUAAUUCAUGAACUUUUGAUUGAACCUUUUCUGAAAAAUUAAAUAUUUCAAUUUAAAAAUAAUAAAUGUUACACUUAUUAUUAAUAAAGCACAUUUUGUUACAUCAUGCAAAUACUUAUUCAAUAAUUAAUACACAUUUUUAUGCUAUAUUAUAUAGAAUAUAUAUUCUAAGUACUGAUAUUUAAAUUGUAUUUUUUUUUCACUCAAUACUAUAUUUUUUUAUAUGUUUGGUUUUAAUAACACACAAUAAGUUUUUUGUUUGCAUAUUUUUGAAUUGUUGAGUGCAUAAAUAUGUAUAUAUUUAACAAUAAUUUUUGCAUAUAAAUCCGAGCCCUAAUUAUUAAGUAUUAAGUAUAAGGAUUUUAAUAUUUUGGUGGAUGUUAUCAAAAAUAAGAGAAAGUCGAUCUCAAGUAGACUCGGCAAAUAAUUUAAAUAUAUUUUUAAAAUGAGCUUAUUAGUAAUAUCAAUUGAUAAAUUGCAAAUAAAACAUCUCUAUAAUAUUGU